AUGGGUAUUAUGGACAAAAUUUCAGAAGUAGCACAGCAUUCUGAACAAAGCAAUAAAAACAAAGAUAAAGAAAAAGAAACAGGCGAAACGACGCAGGGCACUGCAGAAAAAGAAGAAAAAAAAGAAAUAGAAAAAAAAGCAAACGAUGUAAUAAACCGGCCUAGCAAAGAUGAUGUAAUAAACACCAUAGCAGAAAAGCCAAAAACUGGCAAGUCAUUGAAGGAAAAGCUAAUUUCUUCACAGGACGUAGAGGUACACAGAGAAAGCACUGGUGUAAAGGGUGGGCUAAGUAUAUCUGGCAGCUCAAAGCAAACAAUAGAUCCAACGAAAGACACCAAAAAAACAGAUGAGAAUAAGUCUAUAGGCCUGAUAAACAAAGAGUCCAAGCCAGUGAGCUCAAUACAUACAUCUGCACUGAAGGGGGGAUUAGAGAAUAAAGUAGGGGACAAAGACAUUAAUUCUGGAAAGAUUAGCAAGCCAAUAGAGUCAUUUAAUGUUGCAGGUGGGGUAGGAUCUGGGAUAGCCGAUCACAUAAAAUCAAAGAAGCACAGUGAUUUACAGGGGAAGCAGAGCAAGCCAAUCAUUGUAGAUACAAACUCCGGUAAAGUAGAGAAAAAGCACAAGUCACACGAUUCACCAGAUGAGGAAGACACCUCUGUAGUAGAGCACUCACACACCAGUAAGAAAGUCAAGACUGAAGAGAGUAUGAAAAAAUCAGAAGAGUCGAAGAAAGCAGAGGGAUCGUCUGAUGGGCAAAAGGAAAGCAGUAAUAAAUCAGAGCAGAAUGCCAAGCCAGGAGAGUCUGAUGCUUUAAGCAUAGGAACCUCUAGUGGCUUAAGCGGAAAUGCUACGCAUCACGCCACCAAUCCGUCAGAGAGUGGCAAACCACACACAUUAAGUGAAAGCGCAGAGCACAGUAAAACAGAAGGUGCUGCAGCAAAGACUAAUCCAGAAAAGGAAAGUUCAGAUAAAUCGCUUGGAGCUGGCAUAGCAACAGCGGCAGCAGCAUCUACUGCGGCAAAUGGCAGUUCAGCUGGCACCAGAGAUGUUUAUGGAAGCACUGCUUCUGGCAAUUCUACAGUAAGCAGAGAGACUAGUGUAAGAAACGAAACAUCUGUCUCUGAAAAUGAAAGGACAUCGACUCACGAGACUACUGAAAGAACAGUAACCGAGAAAACAGCCCCAAUCACUCGUACAGAAGCAAUGGCCAUAGGAGCAGCAGGCGCUGCUGUCCCACUUGCUGCAGCAGGCGCAGUCGCUGCCUCUGGAAAUAGAAAUAAUGCCAUGGAAAACAGUUCUGCACAACCAGCAGCUGGCAAUGGGCUAGCAAGAAGUGAAUCUACUACAGCAGGUACAGUUGGCCAAGGUGAUGCCUCUAUACCAGAGAAUGCCCCAGCACCUGCCAGCCAAGAACACAAAGCCUAUGAAACAAAGCCAGAAUCAAGCAGUGACUCUCUUUUAACACAAGACAGAGACAGUGGAGACCUUCUCUAUGAAACAGACCUCUACAAAAAGCGGUAUUUCCUUCAGUUUUUAUGGACUAAAAGACACUUUACUCUUUCAAAGGAUGGUAUAAUGAAGUACUACAGAAAUGUCAACAGCAAGAGAAGGGGUGAGUUUGAUAUUAAUGAGUACUUUACAUCAUUUAAAGCCACAGAAGUCAAAAAGGGGAAAUAUCCUUACAGAAUCUCCCUGGUCAGUGAUAAAAGUGACGAUUUAGGAUUUGAAACAAAAGAGCAGAGAGAUGAAUUCUUAUACUGGCUGGAUAAGGCAGCAGAAUAA